GUAAGGGGUAAGGUGGUUAGAUUCUGUGUUUUAUUAAAUUUAGCGAGGAGUCCUACACUUGUUUAUGACCAGCAACGCAAUCAAAAUCCUUUAUAUUCUGCACCGUCAACCAGUCCUGGGUGUACAAUAAUUUCCAUUUUACUUAGACUGGUGGAAGGGGUCGCUACAGCAGAACUCCGGUGCGCUAAUGAUUGGCAGCGGAUUUCCUUAUUUUCUAAGUGCAAGACUACCCACGGGAAAACAACAGUUGAUCUGAGCAUACGCCCACACAGGAGGGUGGAUUUUCUCCUUAUAAAAGUCCGAAGCAAAAGAAGAGUAGACAGUACUUAACGUCCUUUAUUGUUGGCUGAGGCAUUGUUUAGAAAAAACAUUGAUUCAGAAUGUCACUGGCGAAUUAUAUCCACAACAUAAUGGCCUGCUUUCAGAAAUAUGCAGGCAAAGAAGGUGACAAAACUAAAAUGAAUAAAAGGGAAGUAAAGCAAAUGUUCAAGGAACAAUUGGGCUUGGGAAACUUGACUUGUGAAGAGUUUGAUAGCUUCCUGACGAAGUUGGAUAGUAAUUCAGACCAGCAAGUGGACUUCAUGGAAUUCGUAUUACUUGUGGAUGCACUUUGCCGAGUAAUAUCUACUGAAACAUUGGAGUCUACCUUCUUGCUUCAGAAUAUUCAAAACAUCAAGAAGGUAUUUGAAACCUAUGCAGGGAAGGAGGGAGCCAAAGAUAAGCUCAACAAACAUGAAGUAAAGGAUCUCCUUCAGAAUGAAUUUUUUAAAGGACAGAAAAUCUGUGAUGAUGAGGUGGCAAAAUUCCUAAAAUCUUUGGAUCAAGAUGGAGACUCUGAAGUUAAUUUUUCUGAAUUUGUGUCAUUUGUGGCAAUGCUGUGUGAAAUGUGCAGUGGUGAUUUAGCCUAGUGUGAGUAAAUUGGGUCUGUCUUGAUGCUUGCUACUUUUGUUCAGUUCUAAAAGUAACAAUAAAAUAUUUUAAUAGUU